AUCACUCAAGCAUUCCACAGCAUCCCCAAGCAUCUUCAAGCAUCCUCGAAUAUCCUCAAACACCUCUUCCCGAAAAAGACCAUUUUUUCUACUAUCUUCACCAUGUUCUUCAAUAUGAAAUCCGUUGUCGGCCUCCUGGCCCUCUCGAUGGUCGCUGUCGCCGCCCCUGCCGAUGACUUUAAGCGCGCUCCUGCCUCUUCUCUCGAUAAGCGCACCGACUGCUUUGGUGGCAGCUACGGCACCUGUGUCAUCGAAUACUUUGAACUUUUCUGCCUGGCACAGUGCAAGAGUGAUGACGGCAUUGCUGUCCAGGACUGCCGCACCCAGUGUGAUACCGCCGGCGGUGUUUAUUGCCAGGAGGAGUGUUAAUUGAUCUACCUUGACUGGACAUAGCCUCGACCUGGUUAUAAGUUAAUCCUGUCCUGGUAGAAUAUCUAUUGGCUGUGGAUGUUGUCUUUAUGUACUAGCUCUAGUUGACAUAUAGUUACAUUAGAACUUUGCAGUUUUUACAACGCUUUACUCUACACAUGAGAUUCCUUAUUUCUCCAGCCAAGCCCCGUCUAUAUUGAUAUAGAGUUUAUCUAUGCCACUACCCAUGUUAUUCAAGGCUUGACGCAAUCAUCUUUCAGGAAUCCGAUAGUGUUAGAGAUCAGCCACUUUAUGUUUGUUAGGAAUUGGAACUUGGGU